UUUUUUUAUCGUUGGGUACAUAGUCUCUUUUCUUUUUUCAUCAAAGUUUGUUGGGCUUUACAGACGAUUUUUUUUCCGUAAAUAAACUCCUAAUAAAAUCGUUAUGGAAGAAUAGCCCUUGGAAUUGUUGUUAUAUUUUUUCUUUAGUUAAGUUAUUAGUUUUUUGAGUCAUGUUGCUUUCAAAUUGGUGUGAAGUUUGUAAAUUUGUUAGCUAAUAGUCUAUCCCCUCAUAAUCUUAAUUUUUUUUAUAUGUUUACUGACUUAAUUUAAGACGCUGGUUAAAAAUUUACUCUUCUUUAUACUAAUCGCUUGUUUUUCAUUUGUCACCACCCUCCUUCAAAUUCUUUAAGGUGAACGAGGUUGGACUUUCUAAGCCCAAAUCCUUUUAUUUCAGCUUAGAUAUAUUAUUGGGCUAGUUAAAGUUUCAACUCAUAGUUAGUAACUUACUCUAAUACCAUGAUAGAAAUCCAUAGAGUUUUAUCUUAAAAUUAAUUGGUGUAGAAGGAGUUGUGUAUCAAACUUGUUUGUUGUUCAUUUCCCAAAGAGUUAUAUACCGAAUUUCCCGUUUAAAAGUGACAAAAAACGUCCAUCAUAAAUAUUAGUACUCCAUUUGUCCACGAAUAAUAGGCUCAAUUUGAGUGGGCAUAAGUUUUAAGAAAUGUAAUGAAAAAUGAAUAGAAAAAAUAGUGGAACAUGGUGUCCAUUGCCAAAAUUAGUAGAAAAAAGUAAAUGGGACCUAUAUUGGUGGCUGGACGAAAAUGGAAAAUUGAGACGAUUAUCGGUUGAUGGAGGAAGUAGUAGCUAUUUUGAUUAAAUGUAUAUAUUUUUACAAGCAGGUGAUCAUGGCCUUCCAUCUUCCAGACUUCAUCACCAUUAGAACAACUAGAUUUCCUGAUAGAGGGCUUUUAUACUACAACGAAGGAGGACGUACAGUAACUCUCGGGGAACAGAGUGCGUUCAGCACGCUCGUGAAGAUUGAAGUCGAAAGAGCAACAAGCAACGCUAACCAAGUUCACCUCCGAUUCAGUAAUUCCAACAGGUAUUGGUCGAAGAGCGCAAACAGCAACGUCAUCGUUGCUGAGUUGAAGCAACCCGUGGAAGACACAACGGAUCCUUCAUGCACGUUGUUUCAGGCGGUUCGGCCUGGUCAGGAGGCGGAUGUGUUUAACUUGACUCACGUUCAGACCGGUCAGCGUCUAUACUUAAAUUCGGCGAACUGGGGCCUUGUUGUGCAGAGCUGGGGCCAGGAUAACCUACGUUUUGUGGAUUGGAGUACGUUGGUGAAACUGCCUGCCCACGUGGCUUUCAAAGGCGAUAACGACAGCUUCCUUAGAGGAGUGUCCCAGGAUGGGUACAACUACCUGCAGUUCUCAUCCGUCGAUCCAAACGAGUUGGCAUCCGGCCACCGGGUGUCGUUCAUACCGGACGGACACGUCCGGAUAACGUCCGAUCACUGGGGGGGCCAGUUCUGGAGGCGCAGUCCGAACUGGAUAUGGGCCGAUGCCAAUCAGUCUUCCAUCGACAACCCCGACACACACUUCUGGCUGAUCAGAAUCGACGGCGACACCAUUGCAUUCCGCAACGCGGGCAACGGCAAUUUCUGCUCCCGCCGGACCACCGAAGGGAAGACCAGCAUGCUAAAUGCAGCCUUCAGCACCAUCGUCAACGAAGCAAGACUGGUGGUGCAAGAGCUCGUGUCCCGGAGACACAUCACCAACGUGAGAUAUCGGAUGGAGGACGCCAGGAUAUUCGGGGAGAUGCCUUAUCUGGGAGGCACAUCCAUGCUCACUAACACAACCGACGAGGAGUCCGAUAUGGCUGUUGAGGUUACGUAUCAAGACGAGAAAUCUUAUACGUUUAGCCGAAGCAUGUCUAUAACUGCAGGGGUGAGCACCACCUUCCAGACUGGCGUGCCCUUCAUCGUGGAAGGAAAGAUCACAGCCUCUUUCGAGAUAAACACGACUCUCCAGUGGGACACCGCCACAACUACUACCACAUCACUUACUGCUUCGGGCUCUGUUCCCGUACCUGCAAGGUCUAUUGCUACUAUCGAAUAUGUCGGGACUAGGGGCACUUGCGAUAUUCCUUAUUCUUACACGCAGCAAGACUGGAGCUCCACCAGUGGCCUUCCUGCUUACACUGAGCAGGUUGAUGGUACUUACAGAGGCGUCAGUUGUUACAACUUCAACUUUGUUGUCAGAUCCACUCGGAGCCUCAUUGCCUGAGCCGUUUUUCCCAAUCAUCAAAAACCGUCAUCAAGUUAAUUUCUGUUAUGUAUCAGCACUAUUUAAUCAAUAAUAUUGGGUCAAAGUUUGUUGUUUGAUUA